AUGUCCUAUAAGCUCUCCGCCACUCUCUCCGCCCAUUCCCAAGACGUCCGGGCAGUCGCCUCCCCGACGAACGACCUUAUACUCUCCGCUUCCCGCGACUCUACUGCCAUCGCUUGGGCUCGAGAUGAGACGUCUACUGGUUUCCAGCCACAUUCGGUGCUCCGUGCUGGUUCCCGGUUCGUGAAUGCUAUAGCCUAUGUUCCGCCGACGACAGACGCUCCCAAGGGCUUUGCCGUUACUGGAGGGCAAGACACAGUGAUCAAUGUCUUCGACCUCGCGAACCCGAAAGAGGAUCCGGACUUCACACUAAUUGGGCAUGGAGACAAUGUCUGCGCUCUUCAUGUGUCGCCGGACGGGACAAUCAUAUCCGGAUCAUGGGACAAGACUGCGAAAGUGUGGAAGGAUUGGAAGCUUGCAUAUGACCUCAAAGGCCACCAAGCAUCCGUGUGGGCCGUUUUGGCCCUGGAUCACGAACAAUGCCUGACCGGUUCGGCAGACAAGAGCAUCAAGCUAUGGCAGAAGCAUAGAGUCAUACGGAACUUCCAAGGUCACAACGAUGCCGUGCGAGGUCUCGCUGUGGUACCUGAUAUUGGAUUUGCUUCUUGCUCGAAUGAUAGUCAGAUUCACGUCUGGACGUUGGAGGGCGACAUCGUAUAUUCGCUUUCGGGCCACACGUCCUUCGUCUACAGCCUGGCUCUUCUUCCCAACGGGGACAUAGUAUCAGGAGGAGAGGAUCGAUCGGUCAGAGUUUGGCGAGACGGUGAAUGUGCGCAGACCAUCGUCCACCCGGCAAUCUCCGUAUGGACUGUGUCGGUCAUGCCCAACGGGGAUAUUGUGUCCGGAUGCAGCGACGGUGUUGUGCGGGUAUUUAGCGCGGAUACCGCACGACACACAUCUGCAGAGGACCUGAAAGCAUUCGAAGAUCAGGUCGCAAGCCAAGCUUUACCUGCCCAACAGGUCGCCAACAUGAGCAAUGUUCAAGGUCCCGAGGCUUUAGCACAGCCUGGCAAGAAACCUGGGCAGGUCAUCAUGGUGAAAAAUGACAGAGGAGGGGUAGAAGCCCAUCAGUGGGAUGCCUCAUCAGGAUGGCAGAAGAUUGGCGAUGUAGUUGAUGCAGUCGGCUCUGGCCGCAAGCAGCUGUACCAAGGCAGAGAAUACGACUAUGUAUUCGAUGUCGACAUAAAGGACGGCGCGCCGCCUCUGAAAUUGCCGUAUAACGCGAACGAGAACCCUUUCGCCGUGGCACAAAGAUUCUUGGAGGCUAAUGACCUCCCGAUGUCAUAUAUCGACCAGGUCGUCGAGUUCAUCAACAGAAAUACUCAGGGAGCUACCAUUGGUGCAGGCGGUAGCGAGUACAUUGAUCCAUACACAGGAGCCUCUCGUUAUCAGUCCUCAUCAGCCUCGGUGCCUGCCGCAGGUCCUUCCAACUCAUUUGUCGAUCCAUUCACCGGCGCAAAUCGUUAUGCACCUGUCUCAUCAGCACCGGCUCCUGCACAGAACCCCGCUGCUCUGAGCGAUCCUUAUACGGGCAGUUCUCGAUACUCGUCUGCUCCUGCUCCUGCUCCUGCUCCUGCUCCUUCGGCACCUGCCCCCGCUGUUGGCACUCCGGCUGUGCUCCCUGUAACGACCGCCUUCAGCUUCAAGACGGCGAACGUACCUCCAAUGAGAGCCAAAAUUUAUGAAUUCGAACAAGCGUUCCGUACUGAGAUUUCCACUUUGAAAAUGACCAUGAGUCCUGGCGAGAUCCGGCAAUUCGACGAGGUGUUCUCCUAUCUGGCCGCCGCUUCAUCACCGAUCACGGAAGUCCCUCCAAGCCCCGUGUCGCCAAAACACCUCGAGGUGGUACUCGGCGUUCUCGAGCGAUGGCCCCUUGGCUCACGAUUCCCCCACACUUGUCGACUGAUACUCGGUUACUGCCCUGAAACUUUGGCCCAACCGGGCGUUCGGUUGUCCUUCAUCCAGGCGCUGUUCAAAUCAACCGACUGGUUCGAACCCUGGACGUCGGCUUGGCUGGACAGAUCAAAAGAGACCAAUUUCCUGCUUCUCUUUCGAGGAGUGAGUAACGUCUUCCAGGCCGAUACUCCAUCCGGGGAAGCAUGGGUUGCGUGGGUCAUCGAGACGCUGGCUCAUGGCAAAUAUGAGCUAUUGAGUAAACCUCAACGUGUGGCGUUCGCUACGCUCCUCUUCAACGUUUCUACGACGUUACUGAAUCCUGGGGCUGCUGAUGAGACGCGAGAUACAUUGUUCAGGACCGUACUACAGGGCCCCCUCCGAGAGCAAGAAGAUUCGGAAGGGGCGUAUCGUGGAUUAGUCGCCCUUGGCAAUAUCAUAUACGCCGCAAAGAAAUUCGGAUUUGUUCUUGACGGAGAUCGCAAUGCGGCGGUGCAGCAAGCAUUAGAAGCGAUUGUGGGUGCUUUCCCGGAAUUGCGUGUUAAGACGCUGGCCGGCGAAAUCAAGACAUUGUUAUAA